AUGUACACCUCCCUCCUCACCAUCCUCCUCGCCGCCAGCUUCGGCUCGGCGCGCACGAUCACGGUUAAGAACAGCUGCAAGGACACGAUCUGGCCUGCGAUGUUCACACAGGACCCCUCCCAGGCACCCAAGCAUCCUACCGGCUGGGUCCAGAAGCCCGGUGAAGUGGUCUCCUUCGCUGUCCCUGACGUGUGGAAGGCAGCGCGCAUCUGGGGCCGCACACACUGCAACGCCGACGGCACUGGCUGCAAGUCGGGUGACUGUGGUGAUCUCGAGUGUAAGGCCGGCGUGACUGGCAAACCCCCUUCCUCGCUCGCCGAGUUCACCCUGCAAACCACUGGCGGGCCGGACAACUACGAUGUCUCACUCGUAGAUGGCUUCAAUCUUCCCGUCAGCAUCAAGCCGAGCCGCGCGGACUGCCCCGCGCCCAAGUGCGUCAAGGACCUGAACCCUGGCUGCCCUGCCGAGCUCAAGCCCAAGGACGGCGGCGACGGCUGCCUGUCGCAGUGCCAGGUCGAUGCGCUCGCUGGCCACGCGGACAACAACCCCAACUGCUGCUCUGGCAUCCACGACAAGCCCGAGACGUGCCCCAAGAGCGGCGUCAAGUACUACGACUACUUCAAGAACGGGUGCCAUGAUGCGUACGCCUAUGCGUACGACGAGAAGAGCGAGAGCGCCCUCUGGACUUGCGACGGUAGCAAGGGGCUGAGCGAUUAUACAGUCGAGUUCUGCCCCUCGUAG